AUGAAUAAUGUUUUUAUUGUACAACAUACUGGUACGGGAAAUGAAUCUUUGGCGAUUCUUUUAAGUCAAAUCGACGAAAAAGGAAUACAAUACACAAUUCGUCAAAAGUUAAAUAUAUUACAAGCUGUGUCGAUCAAAUUGAAUAAUGCUAGUGAUAUCAAUACAAUCUCUGAUUUACCUAUUGUCAAUACUGUUUGGCGAGUUAACAAAUAUAAUACAAGAUCUUUCUUUGCUGAUGAUGUAACUGGUGUAUCAUAUGCUAAAAACAGAUUAGGAUUAACUGGAAAUGGUAUAAAGGUUGGAAUUAUUGAUGGAGGUAUUGAUUAUAAACACCCAGCAUUUGGUGGUUGUUUUAAAACAGCUGGAUGUAGGAUUCAAUUUGGUACAGAUCUCAUUGGAAGUGGUAAUAGUGAUGAUCCUGUUGCUGAUGAUGACCCAUUUGAACCUUGUGAUGGUCAUGGAACUUAUGUAAGUGGAAUUAUUGGCGCAAACGAUUCAACAACACAUUUUACUGGUGUUGCUCCUAAAGCAAUCCUUGGUGUUUAUAGAGUAACAGACUGUUCUGGAGGCACAGGAGAUGAUCUGAUCAUUAAAGCAAUGGAAUUUGCUGAUAAUGAUGGAAUGGACAUAAUAAAUAUGUCACUUGGAGUUUCAUUUGAUGGUUGGCCUGAAAAUCCAACUGCUGUAGCCGCCUCUAACUUGGCAAAAAAAGGGGUUUAUGUAAUUACUGCUGCUCCUAAUGAUGGUUUUAGUGGACUUUUUAGUAGUGGAUCUCCCGACUCUGGAAAAGAUGUUAUAACUGUUGGUUCUGUAAAUGAUUUCAAAUUCAUUACAAAUUACUUGGUGCCAAGUACUCAACCAAAGAAAAAGAUUGCUUAUUUUACAAGACGUGUGGGAUUGAAAUUCGACCUUGAUGGUCCAUUAAAGAUUGUCCCAACCAGUGAUGCUAAAGAUCCAGUAGAUGAUGCUUGUAAUCCAAUUGCUAAAAAUCUUACUGGAAAAUUGGCAUUGAUAAGACGAGGUGGAUGUUUCUUUGACGAUAAAGUUAAAAAUGCUCAAAUGGCUGGUGCACUAGGAGCCAUCUUCUACUUCAAUGUAACGGGCCCUUUUAAACCAGUCAUUAGUUCAUCUAGUGUACCAAUUGCAAUAAUCUCCAAAAAUGACGGUGAAUAUCUAAUAAAACAAUUCCAACAUAGCAAAAAAAACAGACGCAACCAAUAUAACUACAAUCACAAUCGACGAUUGAGCGUAACAUUCCCCGAUAAAACGGCUGUUUUCAAUGACUUAGAAGGUAAUAAUCCUGUUGAUACAAGUUCUUGGGGUCCCACUUUUGAAUUAGAUAUUAAGCCGGAAGUAAUGGCUCCCGGUGGUAAAAUAUUCAGCACGUUACCUGUUCAAUUUGGUUCCUAUGGAACUUUCUCUGGUACAUCUGCCGCUGCCGCUUAUACCUCAGGCCUUGUCGCUUUAUACUUGGAAAAUUUUAGAAAAAAUCCACGCAACAAAAUCAAUAUUGAUCCACUCAUUUUAAAAAAUAUUCUGAUUUAUACUGCGGAACCAUAUAAAUCUUCAAAUGAUGGAAACCAUAAAAAUGAUAUCGUUCUGCCAGUCACCAAGCAAGGAGGCGGAUUAAUUAAUCUUGAGAGAGCGUUAAAUACCAAACUUUAUAUAACACCAGGAAAAUUAUCGCUGAAUGAUACAGUCAGAUUCUCUGGUACAGCAACAAUUAGCUUGACAAAUUUCAGUCAUAAAACAAUGAAAAUCACAUUGGAUCAUUUACCAGCCGGAUCCGUUAGAGGUUUCUUCAAUGAUACUAUUGUUAAUACUGGAGAUAUGUUGAUCAAUAAAUUUUAUGCUAAAGUGACAUUUCAUAAAAAUACAAUCAAAUUACGUCCAAGAGAAACAAAAUCAAUCCAAAUAAGAAUCAAAGAGCCUUCACAAUUAUUGCCAAGCGAAUUUGGAUUAUAUUCAGGAUUCAUAAUCGUCAAUGAUGAAUGUAAUCAUGAAACUUACAGCGUACCUUAUCAGGGAUUAAAGGGAAAUUUGACUACAAUGAAUCUAAUUUCAAGUAAUCCUGCGUCACCAUUCUUGUUAUCAUCUGAUUUUAAUGAAUUGUACAACGAGACUGAAGAAGCAACCUAUACAUUCCAAGAUGAUUAUGAUAAUAUACCGAAGGUCUAUUUCAGAUCCAAUCUUGGUACGUCACGUUGGGUCUUGUAUGCCACUGUGGCGAACGAAAAUAUUUUGGAAACUGUGUUUAUCGAUACCUAUACAUCUCGCACUUCAAAUAAUGAGAAUAAUAAUUAUACGAACCGAUUCACUGAGUUAAGAUGGGAUGGGACGGUUGCUGUAAAUAAUCGAAAUAAUGUUAGACGUACGCUACCAAAUGGCCGGUAUCAGUUAAUUCUUGAGGAAUUGAGACCUUUUGGCGAUGUAAAUAAUCCAAAUCAAUAUGAUCGUUGGCGAUCUCCAAUAAUAGUAAUAAAUAGAGAUAUAUAA